AGAGUGGACAUUCAUCUUUUUUCCUGCAAUUGCAGAGUUUAUCUGGCUGUUGUUGUGGGCUCUGAUUAUAGCUGACUUUGACAUUGUUCUUGUUGAACAGCUUGUGCAAAAUGUUGCCACUCGGGAAAUGUUUUUUCACCAGGUUAAGGAAUGAUUUUCCGAUGUUGGUUUUCACUCCUUUGCUGAAUGAAAUGGCUUUGUUUAUUGGUGCUUUGCUUGCCGCAGUUAUAAUCCUAGUAGCAGGUGAAACAAAUUAUUCGACACAGUCAGCAUUUACGGCCAAGUUGACAACUGGGCUCAACGCAGCGUUGGACAAAAAUACACGUAUCGUCUUCGAUUCAGUCUUGACCAGCGUCGGCAAUGACUACAAUCCUAAAGACGGCAAAUUUACUACCAGCAUCUCAGGAACCUAUGUUUUUUCUCUGAGUCUAAUGAGCCAGUACUCAUCUAGUAGUUCUGCGUUUGGUUGUUUGUACAAGAAUGACGUAGAGCAAAUCUGCGUUUGGUCCAACGGAAACAGUGGCCACGAGAUGUCGAGCAAUACGAUCACAGUCAAACUGAAAAAGGGUGAUGUCGUUGACGUUGCCCUAAAGGCUGGACGGAAUUACGGACUUCACAACUACGGUCAAGCUGGAUACUGUUUAUUUUCUGGCUUCUUGCUUUACCCAGAAGAAAGUCUUCUGGAAAAACUAUUAAAGACAAUCGACACAUUGAGUAAGUAGGCAUAUAGGCCUAUGCAAAAUUAUGAGGUAUAGGGCCUACUCUUACGGUUAAUCGGUAGCCUAGUGGCGGCAGUGUAUUCGACUGAUUCGACGAAUAUAAAUUGACAGACAGGCAGGCCACACGAUAUAAUACAAUUCAUUGUAGUAAAUUUAGAUAGAUAGCUUACUUAUUUAAUGACUACUUUGUUACUUUUCUUAGCACAUUUAGG